AUGGUAGAUUUUCUUGUUUCUGAGACGAAUAGUCCCGGAUCGUACGACACGCUUCGCCGCCUAGGAGGACCGAUCCACUCUGAAAGGCAUGUUCGCAUCAUAUGUGUCGGUGCCGGAGCCUCGGGGCUUCUUAUGGCGUACAAGUUGCAGAAGCAUUUUGGCAACUUCAGCCUGGUACUCUAUGAGAAGAACCCCGAGGUGGCGGGAACGUGGUACGAGAACAAGUAUCCUGGUUGCGCUUGCGACGUGCCAUCGCACAAUUAUACCUGGAGCUUCGAACCCAAACUCGACUGGUCGGCUGUGUAUCCUCCGUCCAAGGAAAUAUUCGAAUAUUUCGACGGCUUCGCGAACAAGUAUGGACUGAAGCAAUACAUCAAGACUGAACAUGAGAUGAUUGGCGCAUACUGGAACAACUCCAAGGGCGGCUGGGACGUCAAGGUCCGAAAUGAUGCCAACGACGUGAUCAUCACCGAUCACUGCGACAUUCUCGUCAACGCCAGCGGCAUCCUCAACAACUGGAAGUGGCCUGCCAUCCCUGGCCUCAAAAACUACAAAGGUAAACUUCUACACACGGCCAACUGGGACGACUCCAUCUCACUGGAGGGCAAGCAUGUCGGCCUUAUUGGAAACGGGUCGUCGGGAAUCCAAGUUCUCCCCGCCAUUCGAGACAAGUGCCAAAAGGUGACUACCUUCAUCCGCGAGCCGACAUGGGUCUCUCCUGUCCAGGGAAUGGAGCAGCAUAACUUUAGCGAUGAGGAGCUUGAAAGGUUUGCUAAAAAGUCCGGCGCCCUCACUGAGUAUCGCAAAACCGUCGAAACGGGCCUCAAUGGCCAAUUUGGCAUCUUCCUGCGCAACAACAAAUUUAACCAGGAUACGCACAAGUAUAUGAUGCAGCAGAUGAAGGCGAAACUCGGUAACGCCUAUCUUGAGGAUAAGCUCAUCCCCGACUGGAGUGUCGGAUGCCGAAGAUUGACACCGGGUGUAAACUACCUCGAGUCUCUGACUAAGCCUAAUGUUGAGGUUGUCUACGGCGAGAUCAACUCCGUCACCGAGCGCGGUCCCCUCUGCAACAAUGGUGAAGAGUACCCUGUCGACGUUCUUAUCUGUGCGACAGGCUUUGAUACCACUUUUAAGCCGCGUUUCCCCAUUAUCAACCCAUCAGGCGAGAAUCUACAAGACAAGUGGACCGAGAACGACCCGGAGUCGUACAUGGGCGUUGCCGCCUCAGGCUUCCCCAACUAUUUCAUCUUCCUGGGCCCUAACUGCCCGAUUGGAAAUGGCCCCGUGUUGUGUGCCAUUGAAGCCCAGGCCGACUGGAUGUGUAAGCUGAUUGACCGGUACCAAACGACCAAUAUCCAGACCUUUGCGCCCAAGCAUGACGCCGUUAAAGAAUUCGUUCAGUACAAGGACAAAUUUAUGGCGGGGACCGUCUGGGCCGAUGAGUGUCGUUCGUGGUACAAAGCCCGACCUGGAGGCCCGGUCCUGGCGCUGUGGCCUGGAUCGACUCUUCACUACCUCGAGAUGAUGCGUGACGUGCGCUUCGAAGACUUCGACUUUGCCUACUCCGGAAACAGAUUUUGCUUCAUGGGAAAUGGAUACAGCCAAACUGAGCUUGACCCCACGGCUGAUCUGGGCUACUACAUCCGUGAGUACGAUGAUGAUGCACCCCUGACGACGGCCGGACGGCGUAGGUUGAUCAGCAAGAGCGGGACUGUUACACAGCGAAAGGCCGUAAGCUGGAGUGGAGGAACUGGUGAAGACAAGCAGGUUCAGGCAAAGAUCUGA